AGGUUUGCGGGAACGUGGAGAACGCUCGUGUAAGGUGCGUUGGGGUAAGAUCAUAAAUGGGGGAAGACCGUAUUUGUUAAAUAUAUUCCGAAUUAGUACUUAUUUUUCUAAUCUGGCAACAAAGCGUGGGACGUCAUUUUGUAUUGCGCCACUUCCCAGUCCGUGUUGGUCGUUCCGACGCAUCAGACGUCACUUAUGCGCGUCACACUGGAAGUGUCGUCUUAAAUGAUAAUUUGUGAGAUCCGGAUUUACCCCAAAAACAUUUUGCUGGUUUUUUUGGGUCAUAAUGCCGCGUCAGUACAAGAGAAAGUCACUGCGGGCAACAUCGUAUUCGCAGGAGGAUUUAAGAUUGGCAGUAGCACAAGUAAAAAGCGGAGAACUCUCUAAUUAUGCAGCAUCAAAACUUUACGGUAUCCCUACUUCUACACUUAAUGACCAUGUUAAGGGUAAAACAGGCUUACUAAGUCAAUCACUUGGCCGGCCCCCUGCAAUCCCUAUAGAGAUGGAGAAUAAGCUGGCACAUUGUCUUAGAACCUUAGAAAAAUGGGGCUGGGGUUUAUCUAGAACAGAAAUUUUGGACAUUGUUUCAGAAUUCAUUAGGGCAAACAAAAUUAUUACACCUUUUAAAAACAACCGACCUGGGCCAGAUUGGUUCAUCUUAUUUCGGUUAAGACACAACCUGUCAAUAAAAAAACCGCAAUCUGUAGAGUAUCUUAGAAAAAGAAUGACGGAUCCAUUCGUGAUUGCCGAAUAUUUUACUUUACUGAAAAAGACGCUACUGGAAUUGGGUAUACACAAUCCUGAGCAAAUCUGGAACCUAGACGAGACAUCGGUAUGUCUAGAUCCCACGAAAACAAAAGUUGUUGGAGGCAAAGGCCUUCCAUGCACAAGGACUACACAAGGUUCUGGGAAAGAAAAUGUUACAGUGUUAACAACCGUAAAUGCGGCCGGCUCGAAAUUGUCUCCUUUGAUAGUUUUCAAAGGUAAAUACAUGUACAAUGAGUGGAUGAGUGCGAAUCAAAAAGACAAAUAUGAUUUUGAGAUUUCUUAUGCCGCCAGUAAACGUGGCUGGAUGGAGACUGAUAUAUUUUACAAUUACAUGAAGAGGAUUGUCAUUCCUGGUUUAGGUGAAAACCGGCCAGUUUUAAUGAUUUACGAUGGUCACAGCACCCAUGUUGAUACCAGGGUCGUAGCAUUAGCGAGUGAAAACAAUAUCACGAUUCUUAAAUUACCCGCCCAUACCUCUCAUUUACUCCAACCCCUGGAUUUGGCGGUAUUCAAGUCAUUUAAAACAAGCUGGGAUAAAAAGCUAGUGCAAUGGCAACGACAAAACGUCGGCGUAAAAUUACGUAAACAAACAUUUUCGGAAUUGUUUGCUGAAACGUGGCAUCAAGUAAGUCCAUUUGUGAUCCAAAGUGGCUUUAGAAAGGGAGGUAUUUACCCAUUAAAUGCAGAUGUUAUACCAGAAGAAAAGUAUGAUCCGGCGGCCUUAAGAAGAUGGAAAUAUAAGGUGUCUCAGAACAAAUCAAACGAGUUGAAAACACUGAAACAAAUGUGCCUAGAAGUAGUAAAUAAAAACAUGUCUUGCAACAUUACUUCGACUACUCAGUUUGGUAUCAGCAAUCCGCAGUUUCCGCCGCAAUACGAGACUUCAUUUGAAGAACUACUUCUGCAAAAAGUUUCGCAACAUUCUAAGAGUGGCACUGGCUCUAAUAAGACAGUCAAGUUAUCACGUGCUGCAAAAGGAAGCGAAGUCAUCACACGCACAUACUUGGAGAAAAUGAAAGAAAAAGAGGUACAGAAUACACAAAAUACUAAUAUGAACUCAAUAGAAACAUUUGCUUCUCUACCCAACGAUAAUGAAAAACCCGGCCCAUCUGGCAUAUCAAACAAAAAACUUAAGAAAAAGAAAGAAACUCAUAAAACUAGAACUCAAGACAAGAAAGUAACGAUUGAUAAGACGAACGAUCAAAAGAACACAAUUAUUACUAAAAAGGGAAAAGGCGUGGGCAAAAAGUCUAAGACUGUAAUUGAAAGUCACACUCGGACGGAUACCCUCGAAAGUCGUGAGAAAGAUACAAAUGAAAACACAAUAUGUCAGAAUAUAUCGAAUAGCACUAAUCUGAAUAUACAAAAUGCGGAAAAUUGUUUCCAGAAAACUGGUAGGAAUAAAACCAAACAUGUACCUAAAAAACAAAGACUGAAAACAACAUGUUUCAAAAAAACAAUGAAAAAAAUUAAACGACCUCCCAGUGUCACAACGACUUCUGAAAGUGGCGAAAUAAGUAUCCAUAGCGACUCAGAUAUAAUAGAUGUGCUUAGUGAUAUUUUUUCAGAAUCAGACUUUGUUCCUUAUAAAGAGGAACAAGAAUUAUCCAGAACACUAGAAAUGAACCAGAUAAUUUUGCAGAGAGAUCAAGACAUGGAGGAACUGCAGAUAAAUGAAAUAGUAGAAGUGUUGCAAAAGGGUGAGAGAAUGGAAGAGUUGCAGAUUGAGGAGAAAGUGGAUAUCUUGCAGAUGGAUGGGAAAGUGAAACAGUUGCUGAUGGAUGGGAAAGUGCAUGAUAAGAGAGUGGAUGAAAAAAUAGCUGAUAAAAGAGAGAAAGUCACUAUGUUAUCUUCUGUUCGUUACAGACCUGAAAAUAAACCUUUUAUCGGGAAGUUACAGCUAAAAAAAAUUGAUUUAAAUUUUGACGUAACCAAUAAACGUCGCAAAGAUACAAAUGAUGAAAGAAACAAAGAAAAUAGACCAGCAAAAAUACCUAGACGGUUGAAUUUUAACGAUGAAAGAAAUGAAGAAAAGAAAAAUACACAUAAAAAUGAAGAACUAUCAGAAACAAAGAUCAGAAAGGAUAACAUCUAUCAAAAAGGAAAUGAAAAAAAUUCACUGGGUAAUACUAAGAUAUAUAACACUGGGGAUACAGUUUUGGUUCGUUACUACACAAAAUUUUGGAAAUAUUACGUCGGUGUUAUUGAGCACAUACAUAAUGAAACAGAAAAAAAGAAAUAUUCAAUAUGCUAUUACAAAACCAUUGGUAAAAAAUACCAUGUAAAAUUUGUUGUAUCUAAACGUAAGGACCAAGACUGUGUGCCUGAAGAUUCAAUUGUGAAGCAAAUACAAUUACUUCAAAUAAAAGAGAAUCCGGGUGAAUUUACUCUAUUGAAUGUCGAAGACGCGAUUUACUUUUAAUUUUUCAAAACAAAGUUAGUUAUAAUUAGGCUACAAAACAAAGGCUAGUUAUAGUGUUUUUUUUUUUGAUACUCAAUUAUUAAUAAACAAGCAUUUUUUGUCUAAUGUUGAUACUCAGAACUUUAAUAUUGUUCCAAUUUUGAACUUUGUGUCAUUUUUAUCUCAUUUUUGAGCAUUACCAUAAUAAAAACAAUUUCAUAUUUUGUUGCUAUUUUAAGUGCGUUGGUCUUGUAGUAGUAUGAAUAAUAUUGUUAAAAAUCUUUACUUCU